CUUCUUCCUCCCCGCUCCCCACACCACCGUCCACCAAAGCCACCUUCCCCUCUCCAUCGCCUGUCUCUGACACCGCACUGGGAAUAUCCGGCUUUUGAUUUUCUUUUCUAAUUGUGUUGUGAAAUCCUCUGUUGUUGUUGAUCGGCAUGGGCGUGGAGGUCGUCUCCGGCGGGGCUGUGGAGGCGGUGGCGCCGGCGAAGGAGGUGCGCACGAAGGUGGAGGUGGAGACGGGCGCGGCCGCCGUGGCCGUGGCCAAGAACAUGUCGUUCAGGGAGGAGAGCAACCGGCUGGGCGACCUCAAGGAUGCUGAGAGGAAGGCGCUCGCUGAGCUCCGGGCUAAGGUCGAGGAGGCCAUCGUCGAGGGCAAGCUGUUCGACUUGGAGGAGGGGAGUAGCAAGGUGAAGGUGAAGGUGGAGGCCAAGAAGGAGGGGAAGAAGAAGGAGGGCAAGAAGAAGAAGGCCGAGGAGAAGAAGGAGGGGGAGGAAGCCAAGAAGGAGGAUGUGGCCGCGCCGGCCGUGGAGAAGAAAGAGGAGGAAGCCAAGGAGGAGGUGGCCGAGCCGGCCGGGGAGAAGAAGGAGGAGGCCGUGGCGGAAGAGGAGAAGAAGGAGGAGCCCGAGCCAGUCAAGGAGAAGGAGGAGACUGCCGCCGCGGAAGAGGAGGCCGUCGAGGGCGAGAAGGCGGCGCCGGCCGCUGCGGUCGUCGUCGUCGACAAGGACGUGGCGCUGUGGGGCGUGCCGCUGCUGCCGAGCAAGGGCGACGAGGCGACGGACGUGGUGCUCCUCAAGUUCCUCCGCGCGCGCGACUUCAAGGCGGGGGCCGCUUUCGAGAUGCUCCGCCGCACGCUCCGGUGGCGCCGGGAGUGGAAGAGCCUGGCGGCCACCGCGGCCGACGGCGACGACGAGGAGGGCGACGCGCUCCCGGAGGGCGCGUGCCGCCUGGACGGCGCGGACCGCGAGGGCCACCCGGUGUGCUACAACGCGCUGGGCGUGUUCGCGGACGAGGCCGUGUACAGGAGCGCGCUCGGCACCGACGGCGGCAAGAAGCCCGCCCGGUUCCUCCGGUGGCGGGUGCGCGCCAUGGAGCGCCACGUGGCCGAGCUCGACUUCCGCCCCGGCGGCGCCGCGUCGCUGCUGCAGGUGACCGACCUCCGCGGCUCCCCCGGCCCCGCCAGGAAGGACCUCCGCGUCGCCAUGAAGCAGGUGCUCGACCUCUUCCAGGACAACUACCCCGAGCUCGUCGCCCGGAACAUCCUGAUCAACGUGCCGUUCUCCUACUACGCCUUCACCACCGUCUUCUUCCCGUUCCUGACGCAGCGGACCAAGAGCAAGCUGGUCGUCGCCCGGCCCUCCAAGGUCACCGAGACGCUGCUCAAGUACAUCCCGAUCGAGGCCAUCCCGGUGAAGUACGGCGGGCUGAAGCGCGACGGCGACGCCGAGUUCACCGGCGAGCAUGACGCCGAGAUCGCCGAGGUGGUCGUCAAGGCGGGCGCCACCGAGACCAUCGAGAUCGAGGCCGCCGAGGGCGACACGACGCUGACCUGGGACGUGACGGUGCUGGGGUGGGAGGUGAGGUACACGGAGGAGUUCGUGCCGGCGGACGAGGGCGCGUACACCAUCGUGGUGAGCAAGGGGCGGAAGGUGGGCGCCGGCGAGGAGGCGGUGCGCAACUCGUUCCGGGCCGCGGAGGCCGGCAGGGUGGUGAUCACGGUGGAGAACGCGACCCGCGGGAGGAAGCGGGUGCUCUUCCGGCACAAGGCCAAGAGCGCCCUCGCCAAGAAGUGCUAAGAAAGAAAAAAUGGAGAUGUGCCAGACGUGUGUGUGACGAGGGGGAAUUCGAAUUCUUUGGGGGCUGAGAUUUGUGCAUGUCGUGUGUGAGUGUGCGGGAUUCUACAUUCUUUUGUGCAAGAUAGUAGUACUAGUGGUUGUGUUCGGCGAUUGUUACCGUGCCGUGGAAUUAUUUUAUCCGAGACAUAUAAAAAGAUUCAGUUCAUUUUA